AUGUCACAUAGGGAAUUCGCAGCCCGGAGGCGACAGAUACGGUCAUCCCCACCGGUACUAUACACCAUACUGUUCGGAGCGGCGCUUAUCCUAGGACUGGCCGCAUCGUGGUACGGCCGACAAGAAUAUCAGCCUGCAGUGGUCGGUGCUGAUGUGCGACAUCAUCACCAAUCGGGAUAUGAGCAUCAGCGGCAGCGGCAGCGGCAGCGGCAGCAGCAGGAGCAGGAGCGGCUCGGACGCAUCAGUGCCGAUCAGGUUGUCGUCGGCGGUGGCCGCGGCCGCGGCGGCCGCGGCAGAGACAGCGCAGGUGGCAGCGCCAUCCGGAUAAUAACCUACAACGUCCGCCACGCCAGCCCAGCCACGGAAGUGGUGGGCGAGCAGCCAUGGCGCGUCCGCCUGCCGAAGCUGUGCGCGCAGCUCCGCUUCAUGACGACCGGCCACACGAGCGUCUUCCUAUGCCUCCAGGAGACGCUGCACGAGCAGCUCACGGACGUGCAGUCGUGUCUAGGUCCAGGGUGGUCGUACGUCGGUCAGGGUCGGAGUCGGGGUCGCGGUGGCGUCCGCAGCGGCAGCAGUUCCGAAGAGGAGGAGGAGGAGGAGGAGGAGGGUGAGGAUGAAGACGACGACGAGUUCUCUCCCAUCUUCUACCGCUCCGACACGUGGUCGCCCAUCAUCGGUCGCGGAACUCAGACUCGUCGGCUGAGCGAGACGCCUCUGGUGCCGUCACGCGGGUGGGACGCCAGCGUCAAUCGGAUCGUCACGGUCGGACAUUUCACCACCUGCUCCGACGGCGACGGAGACGGCGAAGGUGGAGUAAGCGUCGUCAUCAUGAACGUCCAUCUUGACCGUGUGGGAGCUCGUUCUCGGCCGGAGUCUGCCCGUAUGAUUGCGGAUAUGGCGGGGGAGCGGUCCUGGUCGUCGGCGUCGGCGCUCUUCGUCGUCGGCGACUUUAAUAGUAGCCCCGAGGACGAGGCCUACAGGAUCAUGACCGGGGAGGUCGAGGAUGGUGGUGGUGGUGGUGGUGGUGGUGAAAGAGCAGGAGGAGGAGGAGGAGGAAGAGCAAGAUUCUCCGACAUGGCUCAUCUCGUGGCUCCGGAUGAGUACUACGGUCAUCACCUCACUUACACCACAUUCGGCGAGCCGGAUGAGAGGCCCAGCCGUAUAGACUACCUGUUCAUCCGGGAGCCGAGGACGGCCGUGGUGAGGACGUUUGGUGUUCUGCCUAAUAGUUUUGACGACCAUGUCCGCUUGUCGGAUCAUCGUCCUGUCGUAUCGGACGUGUACGUCUGA